AGGUGUUCUCGCUGGGGCGUCAAGCGAUCCCUCGCUGUAAUUAUCAGAACUUGCGCAGGCUGAUACGGUAGCCCUCCGCCGGCACUUCUCGCUUCCCCUCGUCACUUCUCUCUUCGUCCCUCGUCGAGCCUCUUCAUCUCCUCCCUUUACUGUGCACAUUUGCCUUGCCUUUCCUUUCCUUUCCUUUCCUCUCUCCCGACGGUCUCCCCGCCCGCCACUUGCACCGUAAACAUGAGUGCUCCCGCGGGUGGCAGCGCGACAAGCAGCACGCCUCCCGCGCUCCAGGAGGCGACUGCACGCUCGACCGCACUCUGGCAGGACGACCUCCAGGCGCUGUUUGAGCAAGCUAAAGAUCGCUAUCCUGAUGUUGUUUGGGAGCUUUUGGACGAAGACGAUUCAAAGGGCGCGCGCACAGAGGAGGUCUGGGGUCAUAAAGCUAUUGUCUAUGCCCGUGCGCCACCGUCGUUCCAGAGCCGAUACUUCCAGUCAAGACCGGCUCCGACCCAGUCGCCAUAUCCAUACUCUACGUCGCCCAUCUCAUUACCUGCGCAAUCGGCUCUAUCACUAGCCCUUGGCCACGACUUUGGCGCAAUAUCACGGUCGCCAUCUCCUUUCCGCGCUAUUUCACCGUCACCAUCUACAAAUCUUGGCGGGAUCCUGCGACUAAACGCGCAUAUCAAUGCAACACUAUUCUCGAACGAACUCGAAUACCUUUACACGGGCAAGGGCUUAGGAGAGGCUUUCGAGUUCUUAUUUGAUUCUGGUGAAUCUCAGGAAGAAGGAGAUGGCGAGGACGCCCGGACGGACAAGCUACGCAAGGAUCUUGUCUUCAUGUGGCGAUCUCGUCUCUACUCUGACGUCCGGAUCGCUCUUACAGGCAAUUUCUCCUCGUCCAAUCACGAAAAUGCGACUGCCAUAUUCUCCUCCCACCGAUUUAUCCUUGUAUCGCGCUCCCCUUAUUUCCGUACACAACUGCUUCAAUGGGGUGUGAAGCAGACCGCCGGAGAACCGCUCACGCUCACCUUGCCUUCACCACCGUUCACGCCCGCUUCCCUUCAUUUUACUCUCGGAUACAUCUAUACUGGCACCCUAGUUUUCUCCCAUCGUACUUUCGACCUCGACACUGCUUUUCACAUCAUGCGUUCGGCAACGUACCUCGGUCUUGACGCCCUGUACGACGAGAUUCAGGCGCGCAUUGUCCAAGAGAUGAUGCAUGGGCUCUUCCAUGCCUUCCUUGAGUUCUCCGAAUACGAAAGCAUCACUGGCGGCAAGUGGGGCGCUGGCGGCUGCAAGUGCCGGCAGUGUGCUCGACGCGCUCCGCGCGUACUCGAGUUCUCGCUAUUCGAUGACGUGAAGAAUCCGCAUCUCGAGCGAGGUGCACGUCGCGCUCUAGUCGGACUUUUCGGAGAAGGCUGGUGCAACGCAGAGUUCGCGCGUCUCACGCAAAAGACGCGAGACGGCUUGCUGAAGGGUCUCGUGAAGCGCACGACACCACUCAACGUGUUCCCACUACUAUAUGCCGCGCAGGUGGGCGUGAAGAAGCUCGAGGGAACUACAGAGCCAUGGGCUGAAAUAUCCCGGGAUAUGCUUUUCGCUGCGCGCAAGAUGAUUGAUGAAGUGCUGUGCACUCAGGCGGCGGAGUGCUUUGAGCAGGACGAGUGGCUCGAGAUCAUGGAAGCGGAUGGUGCGCAUUUCGAGGACGGAGAGAGGGUUGAGUGGGUCAUGGAUGCAGUUCGCCGGGGCAUGAGCGAGAAGAAUGCUGCGACGCUCUAUCAGACUUUGGUGUCAUCAAUUCUCCUUCGCCCUCACACCACAGAGCCCGAUCAAGCUAUGCUUUCAGCAACUUCACAUGUCAGAGUCCAGGUCGAACAGACCAGAAUGGACAUCCUACGUUGGAUGCGGAGGCGUUGGGUAGGUGUGAAGCAAGAAGGUGGCUUCGACAAGUUGGAGGAUUGGGCUCUGGUCGAGAUUGCACAUGAAAUUGACGUGAGGCAGGAAGAACUUCUCAAUCCCAACGGACCUCCUGCAACGCCUACUGGCAAGCCACGCAGCGGGCCUAAAGCAGUGGCUGAAGAUGACAACCACAGCAUAUACUCGUUGAGAUCGCCUCCUUCAAACCGCAACACGACACGGGUCGCAGGUGACGUCGCUAGGGCGUCUGCGGCGUCCGCAAGGUCUGUUGCGCGAAGCACGCACUCUACCGUCUCCCGCACAUCAACUGCUACCCGCAGGAUAAUCAAUAUAGCUGGACCCCGUCCUGAUUACAAGCUUACGCCAGGUGCUGGCUCUUCCAUAGCCAGUUCAGCGCGCUCUUCACGCGAUUCCACCUCAAUACCUCAUGCGACUCCUAGGCAGACACCCACGCCCCGGAGGCAUGCAUCUGCUACUGCGUCGACAAGUGAUAUACCCGCACGAUUACGGUCAUCUGCUGCAUCAGCGAAGUCUGCAGUCUCGAGGGCUUCGACAGUACGGAAGACUGCGGCGAGCCCUUCCAGCUUGCAUUCGCCCUCAGGCCUUUCUCGACCAAAUUCCACCAUGUCGACCACCAGCGAUAGCUCAACCAACUUCGAGACGGCUAAGUCUGACAUCACUCCAAGUACAGCUGCACGCUCCAGAGCCGUAUCAAGCGUCUCAGCUACCAGUGUUCGUACGGCAGCUACCUCAUCGCCAAGAGCCAGAGUGUCCUCGGCUGCAUCCAGGAUCUCUGCAAUGUCCACAGGCGCUAAUGCGAAUGGCAAGCGAGCACCGUCAUCGCUUGCCGACAGCAAAAGGCUCUCCCCUAUUGCGUCCAAAAGAUCACUCUCCAAUUCAUCUACUCGUUCAUCUGUAGCAUCAACCGUGUCAACUGCCACCGCGACCAGCAAAUCAACAUCCCGGAAGUCCGCGAGCACCAUUCCUCCGCCAGUUCCACCGAAAGGUGAUCGAUCAUCAAGAUCGUCUACAACUGACCGGAAGGCGACUGUAAAGGCGAGACCGAAAUCGUCGUCGCACUCCAAGCAACCGAGUACGGCUAGCGUGAGGACUGUCAAGGGUUCAUUAACGCGCAAGAACUCGUCAGACACAAUCACAGAUCGGUCAGCGGUAGGUCUGUCGUUAAACGACCGAACUGAGUCGCCUCGAGGCGCAACGCUUGAGAUUGGCAUCCCGUGCAUAAUCUCUUCCAAAAGAGCUCGGUUCCGCGCGUAUGCACGCUACAUUGGCGAAGUCGAGGGCGAGGUGGGCCCAUGGGUCGGCGUUGAAGUGCCAGUCGGCGAAGAUUGGCCGGAGGAGAAGCUCGAGGGACGACAGUGGAACGACGGUACGUGGGGCGGAAUACGCUACUUCGAUAUUGGCGCUACGAGCGAAUGGGACUAUGCCGACAUUCGACGGCGACGCGUAGAUUGGAGCGGCAACAUGGCGGGCCAUGGCAGCGGCCUGAAGCGCGAGGGCGACCAGCUGAGCAUCGACCGCUCGAAGCGGUUGCGCAGCGUCUCACCCGCGAUAUCAGACACCUCUAACACCGAGUCUCGAGGGCUCUUUGUGAGGCCUCAGCAAGUUCUCUACGUUGUCGACGCUGUAGCGUAACCGAUCUCGACUGUGCGACUGGGGCAUUUUGGCGUAUGCUCAUCCCAGAAGAUGGUCCAUACAUCUGAUACCACUGUUUCGCUGCUUGAUAUCCUUAGAACCAUGCACUCUUCGCUUCGCUUCUCUUCCUUUGUUUUGAGAUUCAUCUGCUUGCUACAAAGCUACCACAUUCGUUGUUUUUAAUGCCACUAUUUGCGUGAUCGUUCAGU